AUGCCUGUCCACCUUGGCUACGAUGAUGUCCAUCCUUUCUCAAAGGUAGACAUCAAGGAUAAAGCGUCAGUCCAAGAGCUUCUGCGCACCGUCCUGGAUCCUCUGGAACCGUUCUUCUCGCCCCAGAAAGCACGAGUCAGAUGCCCAGGUGCGACUGCGGUUCGCUUUGAUCAGACGGCAUCGGAAGUAGAAGGGUUCGCUCGUCCACUAUGGGGCCUGGCAUUUUUGUUGGCCGGUGGCGGCGAGUAUCGAGGAACGGAGUGGUGGGUUGAGGGGUUGAGGACAGGGACUGAUCCUGAGCACCCCGAGUACUGGGGCUAUCCUCGUGACAAUGACCAGAGGAUGGUGGAAAUGUGCCCUCUGGGAUACGCACUUGCUGUAGCUCCAGUGUUUUGGGACAAGUUGACAGAUAAAGAGAAGUCUAAUGUCGAAACUUGGCUAGGAAACUCCAUCAACGAGAAAAAUAUGCCCAACACAAACUGGCUCUGGUUUCGAGUUUUUGCAAAUCUCGGGCUGAAGAAAAACGGCGGCAAGUUUUCGCAGGAGAGAUUGGAUAGCGAUAUCAAACAUUUGGACACCUUUUACCGAGGUGGCGGUUGGUCCAACGAUGGCCCAGAGGGCAUUCAUCAAAUGGACUAUUACUCAUCGAGCUUUGCCAUUCAGUUCUUGCAGCUCAUAUACGCGAAACUGGCAGGGGAUGACGACCCCGAACGAGCUGCCGAAUUCAAAAAGCGUGCGCAGCUGAUAGCCCUGGAUUUGGUUCACUACUACGAUGAUGAGGGGAGAGCCAUUCCAUAUGGACGAAGUUUGACAUAUCGGUUCGCCGUGGUUUCUUUCUGGGGAGCGCUGGCUUAUGCUGAUGUUGAACUGCCUGCACCUCUAACCUGGGGCAUGGUCAAGGGUAUCGUAUUUCGACAUCUCCGCUGGUGGCAGACCCAAAAUGCACUUUGGACAUCAAGCGGCACUCUAUCACUCGGGUACUCAUACCCGAAUAUGUAUCUCACGGAGAACUACAAUAGCCCAGGAAGCCCAUAUUGGGCAUGUCUUGGAUUCUUAUGCUUAGCUGUACCAGAGACUCACCCCUUUUGGACGUCUGAAGAGGAGCUGCCUGGAGACGCAAUCCCGCGUGUCAAGGCGCUCAAACAUCCCGGCCACAUUGUAAGCUACCUUGGUGGCCACUGCAUGUUGCUAUCUUCAGGGCAGGCCUGCAGCUAUCCCAUGAAAGCCACCCAUGCCAAGUACGGUGGCCUGGCUUACAGCAGCGCCUACGGCUAUUCAGUUCCUCCCGGGCUCUUCUCACUAGAACAGUACGCCCUAGCAUCCCAGCUGGGAUUCUCGGAUGAUGGAGGCGAGUUUUGGAAGACUCGGAGGGCAAAUGAGUACGCCGCAUUGGAAUCCCGGGAGGAUAAGCCCGUCCUUGUAUCCAUCUGGAAGCCGUUCCCGGACGUCACAGUCAAGACCAUUCUUAUCCCACCAACAGAAGCAACGCCAAAUUGGCAUCUUCGAGCUCACCGUAUCGAGGCAGGCCGUGAGGUAAUGACGGCCGAUGGAUCCUUUGCCAUCCGCAACGUCAACUCGGAGAACGGGCGAUACCUGGACCCAUACGAUUCAACAAAGUGCGAGGGCACGCAGCCUAAAAUAAUUGGCAACUACGAUUUGAACACCCCAGAAGGCUGGGCUUCGGGGAAGGAUGGAGCUUUUGCAGUCUCCAAGGGUGCCGUGGGUAUCAAGGCAUUGGAGUCCUGGGAAGGGCGUCAAGCGAACCUGGUCAACGCCGAUCCCAACUCUAAUCUGAUUGAGGGCCGUACUGUGAUCCCGACGCUACAACACAAGAUUGGAAAGGGUGAAUCGGUUUCGUACGUGACGGGAGUGUAUGCAAGGCCGUCGGGUCCCAAAGAGCAGUAUCUAGAGGGGUGGGAGAACCCCCCUACAGUUCCUGACUGGCUUACAGCAGAGCUCAAGUAA